AUGACUGAACGCAAAGUUCUAAAUAAAUAUUUUCCUCCAGACUAUGAUCCAUCAAAAAUACCUCGUCUUCGAAGAGGUGAUCGACGUAAACAAUUCAAUAUACGUACAAUGGCUCCUUUCAAUAUGAGAUGUAAUACAUGCAAUGGAUACAUAUAUAAAGCGAAAAAGUUUAAUUCAAGAAUGGAAACAGCCGAGAAUGUGGAUUAUUUAGGCUUAAGACAUUAUCGUUUCUAUAUACGUUGUCCUUUGUGCUGUGCUGAGAUUAUUUGGCGUACAGAUUUAGAAAGUGGUGACUAUGUCCUAGAAAGUGGAGCGAAACGCAAUUUUGAAGCAUUAAAAACUGCUGAAGAAUUAGAAGCUAAAAGACAAGCUGAAGAAGAAGAAGAACUUGCUAAUAAUCCAAUGAAAUUGUUAGAAAAAAGAACAGAUCAAAGCAAACAAGAAAUGGAAAUGGUUGAAGUCAUUGAAGAUUUAAAACAAUUAAAUCAGCGUCAAGCAACAAUGGAAGCAGAUCAUGUCCUGUUGAGAAAAAUGUGGCAAGAAGAAGAAGCACUUAAAGAGGCAGAAAAUGAAGCAGAUGAAGCCUUGAUAAAAGAAUUACUUGCAUCAAAAGCAGAACAAGUGCAUACAUUACCAGUGGAGCCUGAAACCAGUCAACCGAUGAAAGUGAAUAAAGUAUCAAAUUUGAAAGAACUUAUGAACUCUACUAAAAAAGGACCAGUUGAUAGCGGGAAAUCUUAUUUGAAGAGACAACUUCAAGGUGUUCUGGUCGUGCCAAAACAACGGACAGAAGCGAAGAUAGCGAAAAUCGAUAGUGUAUCUAGUAGCGACUCUAUUGUGUCAAGUAGCAAAGAUACUUCAAAUAGUCUCGUCAGCAAUCCUCUAAAGAAUGAAAAAUCAGAAACAAGUGUAGCGACUGAUAAACACACUUCAUGUACAAACGAUAAUGAUGCCCAGCUGUGUUCAGCUUUACCUGGAAUGGUGUAUUCAGACCACAGUGAUAGUGAUUAA